AUGAACGAAAUUGGCGUGCACGAGAUAUCCGCAUUAACUGAGCACAUCUUCUCGACGUGUGCCAAUCUGUUGCAAAAUCAUUUCGCAAGAGGCGAGCACACCUGCAACAAUCCAGAGAUGGAUGGAUUUCUGGAUUGUUCAGCGUGUCAACAAGCCGCAUUCGUCUAUCAGACGGUCACACAACUCGUCGAACAACUCUGUCCAAAACAGCAAAUGCGAAUUGCGGUUCAAGUUGAUGAGUUCCAGACCGCGAGUGUUCUCGUGGAAGAAGAACAAAGUUGUGAAUUUGUCGGAGUGCUGCCAACUGAAGAGGUGGAAACAGCAAUGGCACAAGCAACAACGCUAACAGAAACGGAUCUCGGUCAUGAGACGUGUCAAGUGGUGACAUCGGCGCUUGUUGAAAGCGUUAAAGGUACCUCGUCCAUUCAGCCGUCCACUCAUAGACAUCAUUCCGAAUUUUGGGACACUUCAGUUGGUCGAUUCAGAUUCACGAUCGCCAAUCUGCCACCACAACUACGACUCAUCAAUGCAAUUCUCACGGUUAGAUGCCAGCCAUGCCAUCCAGUGUUUAGCUCAUUUCUAACGAAACAUUUCCAUUCUCCUAUUCAACUUAAUCCUGCUGCUGUGUGCACAAGUUGUUCAUUGUAUCGAUUAUUCCAUCUUCAUGCUUUCAGAAUCUCGAUUCUGAACCUGACACAGAUGUGCAAUUCUUCAUGUUAUCCACUCUGA